AUGUCGACCGAGGCACCCAAGCCCAUCCGCGAGACAACCCACCCGCCGCUCCUCCUCAACCCCAACAAGCGCAUCCGGCUUCUCAAAACCGCAACCCACCAUUCCCACCCUGAACCAGCCCUCACCAUCAGCCAAACCAAGCAUCACCCAACAGUGCCCCCUAUUCCCGGAAGUUCUGAGCCUUCCGAGCAGGAGGGAGCAGUCUACUUCAUCGGCAACGCCACAACCGUCAUCUCAUACGGCUCCCUCCGCUUCCUGACAGAUCCAAACUUCCUCCACGCAGGCGACCACGUCCACCUUGGCCCCGGCGUCACCUCGCAGCGCCUAAAGGACCCUGCCGUGCCAGACCUGGGCUCGCUCCCUCCCGUCGACAGCGUGCUGCUGUCGCAUUAUCAUGAGGAUCACUUCGAUCGGGAGGUCGAGGCCAACUUGAGUCGGGACGUGCCUAUUAUCACGACGCCGCAUGCUAAAACGUGUCUGACGGAGAGGAAGAGGGAGGAUGGGUUCAGAAAGGUGGUUGGGUUGGCCGAGUUUGAAGGGGUGGUUGUUAGGCCUGUUGAUGAUGCGGGUCAACAACAACAAAACAAAACUUCGGGGAGGAAGGAGGCGGUUAGAGUGACGGGCAUGCCGGGGAAGCACGUCCCGCCCGGUCCGCUGGCGUUGGCGAACGAGCUGCUUGGGGCGGUGCCGCCGACGAAUGGGUGGUUAGUGGAGCUGGGGUGGACAAAGGGGACUGAUGGAGCGGAGGACUUUGAGACGGGAUACCGGAUUUACAUUUCGGGCGACACGCUGUUUGUGGACGAGCUCAAGGAGAUCCCCAAGCGGCUGCAGGGGGACAGAAUUGACCUGAUGCUGACGCACCUCGGCGGCACGACCAUCCCCGGCCCCCGCAUGCCGCUGCUCAUGGUCACAAUGGACGCGAAGCAGGGGGUGCAGCUGAUGCGGCUCGUGGAUCCGGACGUGACGGUGCCGAUUCACUUUGAUGAUUACGACGUGAUGUUGUCGUCCCUAAACGAUUUCAAGAAGGAGGUGGCGGCCGCUGGGCUGGAGGACCGCGUGGUAUAUCUGGAUCGCGGGGAGGAAUACCGGUUUGCGGUGAAGAAGUAA